AACGAUCCCCGGCGGGAGUUGACUGUGCAAUUUCCAUUCUCACAGUAAUCAAUGCCGUGUCUGAUCUGCUCCCUCUAAAAACUGCCACCGGCGGGGCACUCUUCAUCUUGGACGAGGUCAAGGGAGGCUUUUGGAACAUACAUCGUCAAAACAAUGGCUGACGUAGUCACGACCGUUGACUCGUAUGAUGCGUCGAGCGAAGAGGGAAAGCCAUGGAUAGAAAGCGUUACAAUGCUAAGCGAGGCAUUGCAGCGUAUCGAAACCAAAAUCAGUCAAUUGUUUCGCGGGAUGGGAAAGCGGCCCGCUGUCAUCAAUUUCAUCUCUCACAUGAACAAUCCGGGCAUGAUCAGUGACCUCAGGAAAGAUUUCUGUGAGGACGAACUUGACCAUUGGUGUUAUUGUAAGUACAGCUCGCGGAAUCGAGAGUGCCUCAGCUCUGAGCGACCUAUCGAUCGUAUUAGCAUCGAUCUCUCCGACGGUGCGAACGUGGAUGACUGUGCUACCUACAUCCGCAUGCAGCUACGAAAACUGAUGGAUGUGCAUCCUAGUUUGAGAGACGUACUGGGAGAAGAGGACAAAUUGAUCCAAAACAUUCUGGAAUGAGUGGUGGCGACCCUAUGAGAACGCUGGAGAAAUUGCUUGAUACGGGCGCUAACCGAUCGAAGGCCCGAGCCGAGGAAAUGAU